UAGGAACAUCUGCCAUUCCAACGGCCUACACUCCUUUUCACCUCUGAAUCGACCCAAGAUAGCCUGUCUAGACAUACAAAAUCCGUAUCAUCCAGACUCACCAGAAAUGGCGUCCGGAACCGAUCAAGCAGCUACUCGUACUAAUUCCACUUCUCCAGUGGUCAUCUCCGCCGAAUCUCUGACCAGCCGCGCCCCUGAAACGUUCCCCAACGACAACAACGCCUCAGCGCCAUCACCGUCGCGAGGGGAUCUGACAUGGCAGACAUUAUUCUCCUCAUCGACGACACCGACGAAUUCACUGACCGCCGGGUUAGCCACCUGUCCGCCUCGGACGGGGCAUCUCUGCGCGCACCGCCACGAGCAGGCCGAGAUAUACUACGUCACCGAGGGUCGUGGGGUUGUCACGAUCGACGGCGUCGAGAGCGAGGUGCGCCAGGGCAGUGCCGUGUUCAUUCCCGGCAAUGCAGAGCACGGGAUUAGGAAUGUCGGGGAUGGCGAGUUGAAGUGGUUUUAUGUCUUUGCUGCGGAUAAGUUUGAGGAUGUUGUCUAUCGGUUCAGCUAGCUAGGGUAAGCUGGCUACGAGUAUGUGUGCGAAGUCGUCUCAUCAUCUCUUCUUGUUAUGAUUUCAAACCGGCGAUCCAAUAUCAGUAGCAUUGUGCUGAUGGUGUAUUGUCGCGGAACAGAGAUAUUGCUUCCCGUGUUU